AUGCAAAUAUCACAAGGAAUUAUAUUAUUAAACACAUCAUUACCAGUAAUUCCUGGAAUGGAUGUAAUGAGUUCGAGCAAAUAUCCUCAUAUAGGAAUUAUUGAACGGGUAUCUCGUACCGAAUUUACUUGGUACCAUCAUCGACAUCGACGUCAAGUAAUCGUUGGGCCUAUAUUUGAAUGGAAUUCCAUUGAAAUUCCAUACUUUAUAUGGGGUGGCGACUAUAGGUUGUCGGAUGAAACAGGUAAAGAUCUAUCUAUGUAUCUGUUUAUCUAA